AUGGGCCCUGCGGGCUGCGUCUUCCUGCUGCCCCUUCUGCUGGGCGCUCUAGUGUGCGGACGACCUGUAUACUCAAGCCAUGUUGUGGGUGGUGAGGACUGGCCUUGGCAGGUCAGCCUGCACUUGGGCGAGUCCCACGUCUGUGGAGGUUCCCUCAUCAGUGACAGGUGGAUACUGACAGCAGCACACUGCCUACACAGGCGCUGGAUUCCUUUCUUAUAUACUGUGUGGCUGGGAUCAAUUGACAUAGGCCAUUCAAAUACAGGCGUGAAGUAUCAUGUGUUCCGAAUUGUCAUCCAUCCCAAACACCACAGUACCACUGCAGACAUUGCCUUGUUGAGGCAGUUCUCUAGAGUCACCUACAGUUCUUCCAUCCUGCCCAUUUGCUGGUCCAGUGUCAAAAAGCAGUGGACAAUCCCAGACUCUUGCUGGGUGACUAGAUGGGGAAAAGCAGAAGAUGAAGAUUCUGACUACCCUACCAUCCUCCAAGAAGCAGAAAUACCCAUCAUUGAACAACAGCAUUGCGAAAAAAUCUACAACCUGGUGGGUUAGCUACUGCCACAAACAGAGCCGGUCAUCCAGGAAAGCAUGAUUUGUGCUGGUGAUCUUGAGAAAAGAAAGGAUACUUGCCAGAUCAGGGGUGAUUCUGGAGGGCCUCUGUCAUGUCAUAUUGAUGGUAUACGGAUCCAGAUAGGAUUGUCAAGCUGGGGAACAGGAUGUGGUCUUUCUUUUCCUGGAGUCUACACCAAUGUGACCUACUACCAAAAAUGGAUUAUGUCCAUUAUCUCAAGAGCUGAGGUCUUGGAUGCCAACAACCUGGACUUAGCUGACUUCUUGCUCCCUACUGUACUGCUCUCUCUGGCUCUCCUGGGACCCUCCUGCGCCUUUGGGCCUCACAUUUUAAGGAGAGUAGGCAGUGUAGCUGAAGCUGCUGGCCAAGUACAGGGCUAGGGGAAAGCAUGGAGAAGAAGCCCCAGGGGCAGAGAACUCACGAGGAGAGUCGCUGGGAACUCUGGAUGA